GUAAAAAACGUGAGUAAUUUGUUGUGCUCUCAAAGAAUAUUUUACCAUGUUUAUGGUUCAUUGUAAUAUUUUUUAUUUCGGCAAUGUUUGAUGAUCGGCGACGUCCGCAAUAGCGCGGAUCAUGGUUGGAUUGGGAAAGAACGCUUAUUAAAAUCGGCGUAAUACCAAUUUUAGACGUGACAACCCUGUAGACAACUGAUCUGAUUUAAAAAAAAACAUCAGUCUUUUAGUGCGGCAGAUGGAAUAUGGCCGUGUUAGGGCCGUGUGUGAGUGUAAAUAUGAAUGGUCAUAAUAAUAUUCACAGUCAACUAACAAAAUCACUGGAAAGAAUCCUUGAAGAUGCUUAUUUAAGUGGUGAAUUAAAAUUAAGUGGACGUAAAUUGCGCGAUUUUCCCAAACCCGUGAAAUAUGACUUGAGCGAUACAGUCGUUGCUGAUCUAUCAAAGAACAGGUUCAGUGAAGUGCCUGAUGAAGUCACGACGUACGUUUAUUUGGAAAAGCUAUUGCUGUCGCAGAAUGUCAUAAGAAGCGUUCCUGGUACUGUGGGAGGCUUACAGUCUCUAACAUAUUUGGACCUUAGUUCAAAUCAGUUGGCAGAACUGCCGAGGGAAGUAUGUCAGAUGCCAUUGCAAGUGUUACUAGUCCAGGACAACAUGCUCUCUACCCUGCCAAAGGAAAUCGGCAAGAUGACGUCACUGGCAGAACUAGACGCCUCAAACAACAGGUUGACACAAGUGCCAAUGACUCUAGGCGACUGCGCUGGUUUAAGGGCAUUGGACCUCAGCAAUAAUCAGUUAGGACUUUUACCUUUACAAAUUACGUAUUUAAGACUGGAAUACUUGGACGUGAGCUGUAAUUGUAUAUCUUCACUGCCAUUGGAGCUCCGGAAUAUGAACUCUCUCGUCACCCUAAAUUUAGAUAACAACCCUUUAGUUUCACCUCCUACCACAAUAUGCAUGCGCGGGCGUGUGCACAUAUUCAAGUACUUAGAAAACAUGGCGAGUAAAGACAACAUGCCGGCUCAUAAGAGAGUAGAGGAGACCAGGAGGAACGUUAAGCAUAGUUCGUAUAUCAAUAACUCACCAAAUCAGUCGACGACGCAUCAGAUCACGUCCGGGAACGCAACAAUCGAUUGCUUGAGGCACAAGCCGAGGCAUGUUGUCGACAGCGGAUAUAGCACAGACGGUGUGGACAAGAGGUGGUCGAAUGAUGGGGGAGGCGAGGCGGGUGGAGGGGGCGGUUCAGGUCGAUCCACUCCCAGCACACCGUCGACUUUAUCCCCCGGAGCCGCUCUCUCAAGGGCUCAGUCGCUCUCAAGCGAAACGCCACUGGCUCCUUUGACUCCGAUCCUGACCGGCCUCCGUAUAUCACCCGAAGGGAACAUUUCCAAUGGCGACGAUAAGAGUAAAUUAGUCCACCAACAAACAUACAGACAAUACAAAGAAGCCUUAAGACAGCAGCGACAGCAAGACGUGUACCGGCCCCGAACAGACCAGCCCUCACCAGAGCUAGAUUCGUCCCCACAAUCACAGAACCAAAGCCCGAUCCACACAAACUCCACUCCCCACUCCCCAGUUAACGGCUACAGUAAUGUAUCACCUAGUUUCUAUCGAUCCAUAUCUUCCAAUUCCAGCGUUUCUACCUCAUCCCCUAACACCUCACAAGUGCCAAACUCCCCCCUCUUACACUCCACCCCCAGAAGGUUUCAAAGCCAAAACGGUAACAGCGAAAAAGAGGAAACCAAGCGGCCCGUACAAAAAGUAGUGCCAUCUAGGAAUGUAAACAAAAUGUACACUAACGUCAAUGGAAAUAUAGACUAUAAUCGCGUGAACGGGCAGGCGGAGGCGUAUGUAAAACCGACUUCGCCUACAAAAUCGCCGACUAACAGUUUAGGGUACAACAGUAUGGGGAAGUCGAGUAUACCCCGGGUGAAUGGGGAUGGCGCCAAGUUGUUAACUACGAGCGUGUCGUAUUUGAAAGGUGCGCCGCCAAAGCCGACGGGAAAGAUGGCGUGGAACAAGGAAACGGCGCCUGAUAAGCUGAGCUUCACCAUGAAGAGGGAGUUUGAUAAGCAGAAGGAGGAGGAGGAGCUGCUGCAGCAACUCAGGGUGAUAAUCGAGAGCCGAUUGAAGAUGUCCCUGCCGGAGCAGCUGGCGCCGGUGUUAGCGGACGGCGUGGUGCUGUGCCACCUGGCCAACCACGUACGGCCUCGCUCCGUCGCCUCUGUGCACGUGCCCUCGCCCGCACAGCCAAAACUCACGAUGGCAAGAUGCAGAAGAAACGUAGACAACUUCUUGGAGGCGUGCCGGAAAAUAGGAGUCGAAGAGGAGGUCAUCUGUUCCGCCGAGGACGUAAUGGAGAUGCAGCGGGUCGGACCUCUCGCUCGCACUCUGUCCGCACUCCUCGCACACGCCACUCCCCCGAAGCACGCGAAUAUCCGGCCUGACUCUUACGACCUUUCGAACCGGUGCGAUAUCGAAUACGCGAGUGAUGACGUCGUAGAAGUGAACUACUACAGGGAACAAUUGAGGCGUUAUUCCGAAGAGAGAUACUUGGACCCAGCCAGCUAUACUAUAGACGAAUCGGAAGAACUAAAUUUUGAAAACAACAAUGUUGAAUCUGCGGGGCACUAUUCGCCUGUUUACAAUGAUGGAAUCAGAAGCCGUGGUCCUUAUUAUCAAACGAAUAAAGUUCAAUUCGUCCAACCUUUUUACACGGAUCCGGUUCUGAGGAAUGACAACUUCGAGAUAUACGAUACGGACGAAGUGGACUUUCCGAUUGAAACCGCUGGGGAAGUGGACGUUGAAAGGUAUGACAGGGCGAAGAUGAAUCUCGAUAUACAUAACAAUCAUAACAGGGAUCUUAAAGCGGAGACUGAGAAAGCGACGAUGGAACAAGACAACAGACUGCUUUUUACUUGCCUGUGCCUCGGCACAUUCUUUAUAUCCACAAUUUUAUUGAUUAUAUACCCUCUGUAAUUGUAAUAACGAUUAUCAGAAACAAGCCAACAACUAAAAGAUUUUAUACUCUUUCCAAAUAUUUGAUUUAAUAUUGAAACAGUUUUUAACUUAUCGACUAUUGUCGAAAUAUAAUAAUGGUGAUAAUAUUGAACGAGAUUCCUAAUCCUAACCAAGUAAAUGAUUUGGUGAUCAUUUCGAUUCCUUUUUGAUGUGGCAACUAAAUUUAUUAAGCUUUGAAGUUUUAAUAAUGCACGUAAAUAAAGUGCCAGUAUAUGUAAAAUUAUUUAUCUAAAAGAUAAAUGUAACAGUUAGAAGCACGUUAUAAUGUAAUUGAUAACAAAUACGAAGGAAAGGGGUUGAAAGAAUCUAGUUACCAGAAUUUAAUUGGAAUGUAUUACAAUUAGACUCGUAAAAAUAAAGUGUUUAAAUUAGUAGCUGAAACGUUGUCCUUGAUCUUCCGACCUCUUUCCAUAUAUCUUAUUACAACAAGAUAAGUGACACAUUUGCAGAGCAAGUUAAUGCAACGAUGUGCAGCUAUUGCCUUAUGAAAGCACAGUAAGACUGUGACGAUAGUCUGAAAGAAUUUAAUGCUGCCUCUGUGUUUAGUUUGACUUUUGGUAGUUUUCAAGAACUGUUGAACUGUUGUCGUCGUUUUUAGUCCUCAUUUUCACAGGUAAGCUGUAGUUUCCGCUAGAGGCGCUGCUGUGUUAUGUAUGACGACAUAUGUGCUGCCAUUAUUUAAAUCCAACAAAAAUACCAAUAACCGUUUUUGGAAUGGGGACAUUAAAUUGUAUAAAAUAUUUGUUUUAAUUGAGGAGCUGGCGAACAAAGUGGUAAAAUUAAACACUUACAGGAGCUGUAUAAAACUGAAUGACAUACCUCCAGUGAGGUUUUAGCAUGGUUUUUAAUUUAUAAAUUUAGUAAUUUCAACACGGUGUCAGGCGGUUUUGAUUGAAAAUUAUGCCCGAUAUAUGGCCCGAUACUUCCGGACUGUAAAAAAAAUAGUAGUUUGACCGGAUGCGUAAAUAUACCAUUUUGUUCGCCAGCUUCUCAAUUAUUUGUUAGUAAGACUGAUAAACAGUGGAGGCUAGUAAAAGGGUCCCCAGGAACCCAAAAAACCGGAAGAAAAUAGUAUUUCUUAUGCUUUUAGAACUCUUACUAGACGCUGCUUAAGUCUGGUCUAUGAGUGGUGAAGUCUGAUGUGAAACCGAUCGGUAUUCGAUAUAAUUCAUUGAGGCUAGAUAAUGUGAUUUUUGGAAUUGGUACUUUGUAGUAAUGUUAGUGUAGUGCAAAAGGUAUAAACGUUUAAUUAGGGCACAUUACAUGUAAUUGGAAGCACCCAGUGUUUUAGUGGCUAAGGUGUUUUUUUUUUAAUUCCAAUUAGGUGUUUGGUUAGUAUGUUGUGGAAAAUUCAUUCCAUUUGUAUUUUUUGGCAAAAGACAAUGAAAAUAUUCGGAAAAGACAUUGCAAUUGUUGAAAAAAGUCAUUCCGGUCGUGCAUUCUUUAUCUCCGUUUAUUUUACUUUUAUUUCGCUUUCUCUUAUCCCAUGUUAAUGAGCUCGAAAUUAUAUAAACAAUUUAUAAACCGGUGAUGAGUAUAUCCAAAAUUUUUUGGGAAAAAUCUCAAGGUUAUUAUUUAUUUCCGAAUAUUUCUGUACUUUUUUAAUAUAAAAUAUAAUUAUAGCGAAUUGAAUAGCGAAUCAAAUUUUAAAAUUCGAAUUGGUUAGUAACCUUUUUUAUUUUUUUAUGAUUAGGUAUCGAUAGGAUAUCGGAUAUGAGAUCCAUGGAAUUGGUGAAGUGUUAGUUAAAUCGAGAUGAUUGUCUGAAAAUCGGGUGAUUAUUAUUGAAGAUAGAUUUAUUGAACUUCAUUCCCAUGAGGCAUUUAUAUAUAGUAAGUGCAGUCAGGCUCUUAAAGACUAUUACGAUCUUUGGAUUUACUGUUUUUUGUGAAUACAUGUUAAUGUAUUUUUAAUAGAAGCUUUAUUUUUUUGUGUAUUUAAUGGAAUUGAAUUUAUGCUUCACUACUUACAAAUUUAAUUCAAAAUAUUGGAACCAGGUGAAUGGAUAAUUGCCUAUAUAGACAUAUCGAAUUUCAUUCCCAAAAGGCAUUUAAAAUUUGGUUUGCCAUUUUUUACUUUAUAUAAUCUAUGUAGUUUUUUAGUGUUGAUCUUAUAUAUUCCUGAGAUCUCAUUGUUUGUUGUGUUUGUUUUUCUAUUUUAUAAUUGUCAUGUGUUUUUUUAUGUGUGAUGCAUUUUUUUAAAGCAUAUUUUAUCAUUUAUUUUAGGUUUUCGUGUAAAAUGUAAUAAAAUUAACAUGAGUGUGUAAAUUAACGCAUGUAGUAUUUUCGAACCAAUUUAUCACGUCUUUUGAUAGUUAUUUAACAAAUAUAAUAUAUUCGAAAAAGUAUAUAGCUUGGGCAAUCGAAUAAAAUGUACAACCAGAAAUGAUGCUAUACUUAAUAGGUACAAUGCAAUACAGGAAUAGUCACACAAUUCCAUAUAAAAUGGUACAAUGAAAGUGGUUUAACUGAGGUGCAUUAUAGUGAUUAUAUGUUAUUUUAAAAUUAAUAAUAAUGGAAUAUUGGUAGCUUAGCCAUUUAAACGUAAUUGUCUAAAUAUUUCUUAUAUGAUAAGAAUUGUAUGCCUUAAAAACGCAACUUCAUAUCGUUAUUGUAUACUAAUGAAUGCGGAAUUAUAAGUUAGCUAUGUCGAUGUUUUCUUAAAUAAUAUUAUCUACAUUUUUUAUUAACGGGUUAUUUUUUCUAUUUUUGGCGGGAUUUUUUGUGUUUCGUAGUUAGAAUAAACGCAGAUUUAGAGUCUAUGGUUUUAUGUAAGGUAGUUUGUUUUUAUGUUAUUUUGUGCUACGUCGAAAGCUACUGCUGCUACAGAACGCCACGUUUUAUUUGACAGUACCUUUUCUUUAAUCAAGUAUCAGGUUUGCUAGUACAACACAUAUAACAUUUGAGUUCCUAAGACAAUAAAGAAGCCUGGUCGUUUGCCAAUCGUAAUAAAAAUCUUUCAAGACUUAACACUGGAUUUCUGGAACAAUAAUUGAAAAUAGAAAAAAGGUUUUCGUCCGUAACGAUUUUAGUUAGAAUGCAGAUUUAUAGAACUAAGGAUUCCAUAAAAUACAGUGGUUAAUUUUUUUUUCUACGCCAAAUAUUGACGAUAUUAUGACCAAAUUACUAAACGAAUUUUCGGCUGGCCGCGUGAUGGCUGUGACGUCACAGAGCUCUAGUGCGUAGAGACGCAACUGUAGUUCGACCGGAGUGAACCACAAUCGAGCUCUGUGUCGUCACACGUUUCAGCGGCGGCCGAAUAUUGGCUACCAUAAAAAAAUAUGUAAUAAUUCGAAUUCGAUGAUUUAAAAAGUAUUUUUAUUAAAAAGCUUAUCAGAUCAUUAUACUGUUGAUUUUGAGUUGAUUAGCUGACCUAGUAAUGAUCCCCAUUAUCAAAUGUAUGGUCUGUGUAAAUUUUUACGUCAAUCAAGGAUGCAAUUUUUAUCCGCACCUUUCAUUUGGCUACAAUUUGACAUUAUGGAAUUUAAAGGUGCUGUCAUUUAUUUUCUAUGACUCCAAAAGCUAACUUGCAGACAUUAUUAGACUGUUUGAUGAGGCUUUAUUUCACAAGAAAAUAUUAUAAAACUUUAAUUAAAAGACAUUUUAUCAGUAUUACAAUAUAAGUGCAGAUUGGAAAUCCAUUAUGAUGUCAACGACAAUUUAUAAUAGUGAAUAAAAGUUUGUGUUAACACAAUCACUAUUAAAGAGUUUUGUACUAAUAAUUACUAAGA